CCAGCAGCGGCCAGUGGAGGCGGCCCGCAGGCCCCCGCCCCCCGUACGCAAGCUCGCGACCCGCGCGCCUGGAGAGGGCGCUAGCAGCCGGGCCAGCUGCGAUCCGAGCUCCCGCACCGCUGCCAUCUGCUCUGCUAAGCGCCCGUGCGUCCCCGCCGCGCUCAGUUCGAAGUCGGCCACCAUGGAAGCACAGGCUCAAGGUUUGUUGGAGACUGAACCAUUGCAAGGAAGAGAUGAGGAUGCAGUAGCCAAUGCUGAAUUCUCUAGCAUGCUCUCUGAAGAAGAGAAGGAAGAGUUAAAGGCAGAAUUAGUUCAGCUAGAAGACGAAAUUACAACAUUACGACAAGUUUUGUCAGCAAAAGAAAGGCAUUUGGUUGAGAUCAAACAAAAACUCGGCAUGAACCUGAUGAAUGAAUUGAAGCAGAACUUCAGCAAAAGCUGGCAUGACAUGCAGACCACCACUGCCUACAAGAAAACACAUGAAACCCUGAGUCACGCAGGGCAGAAGGCAACGGCAGCGUUCAGCAACGUUGGGACAGCCAUCAGCAAGAAGUUUGGAGACAUGAGCUACUCCAUUCGCCAUUCCAUAAGUAUGCCUGCCAUGAGGAAUUCUCCUACUUUCAAAUCAUUUGAGGAGAGGGUUGAGACAACUGUCACAAGCCUCAAGACGAAAGUAGGUGGGGUGAACCACAGUGGAGGCAGUUUUGAGGAGGUCCUCAGCUCCACAGCCCAUGCCAGUGCCCAGAGCGCUGCAGGAGGCCCCCGGCAGGCUGAGGAGGAGCUGCAGUGCUAGGUCCAGCCAGCCUGCUGUUGCAUCCAGACGUUGGCCACUGUACAACCCAUCUCUGCCCGAGCUUAUCCAGAUGUGAAGACCAAAAUCCCACUGGGAAAACCAAGGUCUUGGUAUUGUUACUCAAUCGGCCUCACCAGAAAGUCCAAUAAAAUGAUUUAUGUAUACAUUUCUGUUAAUGAUGUCCACUUGAUCAUCACAUUUCAGUAUUGUCAUCUUCGAAAAUGUCCAAUUGGAGUAGGUACACAUUGGUUGUAACUCUUGACUGUGUAAUGCAACAUAUAUUCCCCAAACACAUACCUAUUAAUUAUUUGCUUUGGUUUUUGCUUGGCCUCCAUUAUGAUAUGCAUGUACUUGAAUGCUGAGUUCUUCAAUUCGUCAGAUCAACAGAUGGAGCUCUUUAUACUCUUUAUGACUUUCUCCAGCAGAAUG